GAGAGAUGGAGAGAGGAAGAGAAUGGACACCCAGUCAUCAAUGAAACCGCCGCAUUGACCUCUCAGUCUAGGGUGGGAGGGGUGCAGAAGAUUCCCCCAUCAGUGCAAUCAACACCACUGCCCUCUGCAAUGAUCCCCAUUAUAUGCUUCCUUCUCAUGCAUGUUUCAGCACCAUAGACAGCGGGGGGGGGAGAGACAGAGAGAGCGAGCUAGCAAGAAGCCAGCGUUAAAGGCGUCAGCGCGGCUGUUCCGAGGGAGAGAGGCGAGGAAGGGGAAAAGUUGAAGUGCGACGAGCAACGCCAGGCUCUCUUCUCCCUCCCUACUUUUCCAAGCUGGCACAGUGUUUAGAGAGGGCGCUCAUCAUGCAGUGUUUAGCAGCAGGGGCUGACAGAACUGCCAGGUAGCCGCAAAGAAAGGUGCUGUGAAGAACCCACUUUCCAAGUCCAAGGAAGACUGGAUCUGGACACCUGGCAACUGAACAAUUAGUCUCAGUCUCUUUCUCUCUCUCUCUCUCUCUCUCCCCCCUCCCUCCCUCUCUCUCCCUCUCUCUUCCUCUAAUCAGCCCCCCUGAAGCUGGUCUCCCUCUUUUCAGCUUUUCCAGGAGAAUGCUGGCAGUGUUACAAUUGGGGCUGUGGUGCCCAAUCCCAUUGUAAAAUUUCUUUGCCCUUCCUUUCCUUGCGGGAUUGUGUGGCUCUCUGGCAUUACCCUGAUGUGACUUUCCAAUCCCCUCUUGCUCUGGAAUCAUGGGCAUCUUUUGGGCUUAUGUUGGAUUCCUUUUCUUCACAGUAUUGUACAUCCAGCAAGGACUUUCUUCUCAAGCCAAAUUUACUGAAUUCCCUCAGAAUGUCACAGCUACUGAGGGCCAGAACGUGGAGAUGUCUUGUGCAUUCCAGAGUGGCUCUGCCUCGGUGUACCUGGAAAUCCAAUGGUGGUUUCUGCGGGCAGCUGAGGACCAAGAAGCUGGAGCUGAGGUGACGGACACUCAGGUGGAGCUAUUACCAGAGAGAGACUUGGACAACGAUGGAACAAAAAUAAGUACAGUGAAAGUACAGGGGAAUGACAUUUCCCACAAGCUGCAGAUCUCCAAAGUCAGGAGAAAGGAUGAAGGGUUGUAUGAGUGCAGGGUGACGGAUGCCAAUUAUGGAGACCUUCAGGAAUACAAAGCCCAAGCUUAUCUCAAAGUCAAUGCAAACAGCCACUCCCGAAGAAUGCAGGCUUUUGAAGCUUCCCCAAUGUGGCUACAGGAUAAACCUCGCAAGAAUAUCUCAGCUGCCAUCUCUAGCAGCAUCCAUAAUUCUGCCAGUCAACGAAUGCGUCCCACCUCCAGUCCUCCAGCAGAUGCUAAAAUCCCCAAGCAAAGCCCACAAUCAGUGCAUGCCAAGAAAGUCAUGGGCGCAAGAGCCAAGCUGGCGAGCUAAUUAAAUAUAUGAAUGUAUAUGUUUAAACAGCCUUAUAAAGGAGCAUUGGAAAUCUGCAAGAUGAGCGAAUAUCUUAUAACUUCUUCCGCAGGUGCGAGGAUAGCUACAAGCCAUGGACUUUCUGUCCUGCUUCUUGUUUGUGGCUUUGUGAAGGGUGCUUUGCUUUGA